AUGCGACGCGGAGGUGCAUGGGCAGGGGGGAUCGCGUGGGCAGGCGAAAGCACCUGGCUCACCUCCGCCUCGCUCACCUCCGCCUCUCUCACGCUCCGCCUCUCUCACGCUCCGCCUCUCUCACCUCCGCCUCUCUCACCUCCGCCUCUCUCACCUCCGCCUCUCUCACCCUCCGCCUCUCUCACCCUCCGCCUCUCUCAUCCUCCGCCUCUCUCACCUCCGCCUCUCUCACGCUCCGCCUCUCUCACCUCCGCCUCUCUCACCCUCCGCCUCUCUCAUCCUCCGCCUCUCUCACCUCCGCCUCUCUCACGCUCCGCUUCUCUCACCCUCCGCCUCUCUCAUCCUCCGCCUCUCUCAUCCUCCGCCUCUCUCACCUCCGCCUCUCUCACGCUCCGCCUCGCUCACGCUCCGCCUCGCUCACGCUCAGCCUCUCUCACGCUCCGCCUCUCUCACCUCCGCCUCUCUCACCCUCCGCCUCUCUCACCCUCCGCCAAUCUCACGCUCCGCCUCUCUCACCCUCCGCCUCUCUCACGCUCCGCCUCUCUCAUCCUCCGCCUCUCUCACUCCGCCUCUCUCACCCUCCGCCUCCCUCACCCUCCGCCUCUCUCACGCUCCGCCUCUCUCACCCUCCGCCUCUCUCACCCUCCGCCUCUCUCACGCUCCGCCUCUCUCAUCCUCCGCCUCUCUCACCUCCGCCUCUCUCACCCUCCGCCUCCCUCACCCUCCGCCUCUCUCAUCCUCCGCCUCUCUCACCUCCGCCUCUCUCACCCUCCGCCUCCCUCACCCUCCGCCUCUCUCAUCCUCCGCCUCUCUCACUCUCCGCCUCUCUCACCCUCCGCCUCUUUCACCUCCGCCUCUCUCACGCUCCGCCUCUCUCACCUCCGCCUCGCUCACCUCCGCCUCUCUCACGCUCCGCCUCUCUCACGCUCCGCCUCUCUCACCUCCGCCUCUCUCACCCUCCGCCUCUCUCAUCCUCCGCCUCUCUCACCUCCGCCUCUCUCACGCUCCGCCUCUCUCACCCUCCGCCUCUCUCACCUCCGCCUCUCUCAUCCUCCGCCUCUCUCACGCUCCGCCUCUCUCACGCUCCGCCUCUCUCACCUCCGCCUCUCUCACCUCCGCCUCUCUCACCUCCGCCUCUCUCACGCUCCGCCUCUCUCACCCUCCACCUCUCUCAUCCUCCGCCUCUCUCACCUCCGCCUCUCUCACGCUCCGCCUCUCUCACCCUCCGCCUCUCUCACCUCCGCCUCUCUCACCUCCGCCUCUCUCACCUCCGCCUCUCUCACGCUCCGCCUCUCUCACCCUCCGCCUCUCUCACCCUCCGCCUCUCUCACCCGCCGCCUCUCUCACCUCCGCCUCUCUCACCUCCGCCUCUCUCACCCUCCACCUCUCUCAUCCUCUGCCUCUCUCACCUCCGCCUCUCUCACGCUCCGCCUCGCUCACGCUCCGCCUCUCUCACGCUCCGCCUCUCUCACCUCCGCUUCUCUCACCCUCCGCCUCUCUCACCCUCCGCUUCUCUCACCCUCCGCCUCUCUCAUGGGGAGAUGCAUCGACAGGGGGGUAGCUUGGGUAUGGGGAGAUGCAUCGACAGGGGGGUAG